AUGUCUCUCAUCACACACAUCGGUGAGGACGAAAUCGCCCGGACGGGCGUCGAUGAGGGAACGUUGCGACGUAUCGCGGCUAAACACAACAUCGAGAUCCCAGUAUAUGAUAUACCGGGUUACCUGGCCUUGUUGCGCUCGGCGGACCUGACGACCUCUGCCGUUGACGAUUUGCCUGACUUUAUAGACAGCAGAUUGACGCCGCUGCCCACACAGGGCGGUGUCCGAAGGUUUCGCAAGUCCGCUGAGAAUUGCUUGAACGCCUGGAGCCACGGGACCGACUUGGUCGCGGAGACGCCCUCAUCGAGCCUUCUUAGGGGUCGCAGCGUUGUGGUAAAGGACAACAUCUCGGUCGGCGGUGUUCCGUUCACCUGCGGCACGUUUCCCCAGCUCAAUUCCGGCAGGCAGGAGCAUCCUCCAUCAGCAAUCGAUGCCUCUGUGGUUAGGCGCCUGCUCGAUUCCGGCGCCAGGAUCAUCGGAACGGCAACGUGCGAAAACUACUCGCUGUCGACUCUGUCCUACAGCUCGGCCUCGGGUCCAGUUCACAAUCCCUGGCAACGAAGUUUUAAUGCCGGGGGCAGCAGCAGCGGUCCCGCGAGUCUGCUUGGCCUUAGACUGGCUCGGGCCGCGGGUGUGCAGGGCCUGGAAGAUGCUGGUGCCGACGUCGAUCUAGCCAUCGGGGGGGAUCAGGCAGGGUCCAUCCGGAUCCCAGCCUCAUACUGCGGCUUGUACGGCCUGAAGCCAACCCAUGGUCUCGUACCAUAUACAGGCAUCGCAGGACUGCACCCGAUGAUUGACCACGUGGGGCCCAUGGCCCUAAAGCUGGACGACAUCGCAGCGCUCCUCGAGGCACUCGCCGGGGACGACGGCAUGGACGGCCGCAUGACGCCGAACACCCCGCUACGGGACAAUGUAACGCCCUACCUCAGCGAGCUACGGGCCUUUUCCGCCGCAGGAGCCGGCACGGGUCGGCCGCUCCGGGUUGGAGUGAUCGUCGAGUCUCUCGCCGCCCCGCAGGCGACGGAGGAAGUGGCCAGAGUCGUCCGGCGAGCUGUCUAUCAGCACUUCAGCGCGGCCGGGGCCAUGGUGGCCGAUGUAUCGAUGCCUCUGCACCUGCUGGGGCCGUCUAUAUGGACGGCCUCGUGCAGGAACAACAUGGGCUUUCUCGGCAUUGGAGCCCGGGUACCAGAUAUGCUGACGCAUAACCUACCACACUGGACACCGAGGUGGCCGCCCGACCAAGAGAUGUUCGACCUGCUCACGCGGAGCAACCCAGCUGUGAUGAGUGUCAUUUUCGGAGAGACGUUUCUAGGGGAGAAGUUCGGCCCGGCAGUGCAAGCCAAAGCCCACCGCCACGUCUUCCAACUUCGAGAGGCGUACGAUGAACUGUUGGCGAAGUUCGACGUGCUCAUCACCCCGACGACACCGGACGUCGCUCCGCCACACCCGGACAUGAGGGCAGUCCAAGACGGGGGCUGGACGGUCCUCGACAAGGCGGAGCUAGGACUCGGGGUAUCCAGCAACACCUGUGCCUUUAACGCCACAGGGCAUCCGGCGCUGAGCGUGCCCUGCGGGUGGGCAACCGCUCGGGACGGGUUCACCAAGCUCCCCGUCGGCAUGCAGAUCAUAGGAAGGCGCUGGGACGACCUCGGGGUUCUGAAAGCUGCCAGAGUUUUCGAAACGGGCGGUGGCGGAUUGGGACCCCGUCCUGGAGUUGGAGUUCCGAGAUUUGUGCUUUAA